UUGGAAUUUGGAAACUGCAAACCAGUAGCGCAAUGGCUCCUGCCAAGGAUCGCCUCCACAACCUUCUGGUCCUGCUCUUGUUCAUAGGUUGCCUCUUCGUAGAUGCUGCCGCCAAGCUUAACACCACAGCGCCUUGCCUCCCGGAUCAAGCUUCUUCCCUCCUCCGGCUAAAAGCUUCCUUCAACGGUGACAACCUACCAUCAUGGCAAGCUGCAACAGAUUGUUGCCACUGGGAGGGCGUCACCUGCGACAUGGCCUUUGGAAGAGUCAUUUCUCUUGACCUCAGUGAGUUCGACCUAAUGAGCAUGCGUCUUGAUCCUGUGCUCUUCAACCUUACCUCUCUCAGGAACCUCAGCCUUGCAUAUGUUGACUUCAGUGGAGUCUCGCUCCCGGCUUUUGGGUUUGAGCGGCUCACGGAUAUCAUUUACCUCAACCUCUCUGAUACCGGUUUUACGGGUAAGAUCCCAAUUGGAAUUGCGUGCCUCAAGAACCUUGUGACCAUUGACUUGUCUGGUAAUUACAACUUGUAUUUUGAACGGCCAAGUUUCCUAACCAUCAUGGCAAAUAUGAGCAAUCUGAGGAAGCUUUAUCUUGAUAAAGUGGAUUUACAGAACAUCGGAUCGGAUUGGUCCACUGUUUUAGCAGACUCCGUUCCCCAGCUACAGAUUCUUAGCUUGUCCGGGUGUCUUAUAUCAGGUUCUAUCCACCCUUCAUUCUCAAGUUUGAGGACGCUUGAUUUGUCCUGUAACCCCAUGCUUUCUGUGAGAUUAACAUAUUUCCCAGCUGGAAACAAUUUGGAAGUACUAAAUCUGGCAGGGACCAAUUUCUCUUAUGACACGCCAUCCUCGUUUGGCAAUCUUGGGUCUUUGAAGAAAUUGAUGCUUAGCACGAUGGGAAUUGAUAAUGAACUCGCCUCUUUGAUAUCCGAGCUUCCAGCAUUGGAUGACCUGCAACUCACUGGAUCAGAUUUGGAGAAACCGGUAUUAUCUUGGGUCAGCAAUCUUACCCAAUUGACAAACCUGUUGCUUGAUGGUUAUGACUUCUCUAAAUCGGUUCCCACUUGGAUCGGCAGAUUGACAAGGCUGGAAAGUUUGUCAAUAUGGGAUUGCAGUUUCUCCGUGCCAAUACCAUACCAGAUUAGAAAUCUUACUAAAUUGGCAGCACUGGAGUUCUACAUUUGCGACUUCUCUGAGCAAACAAUGCCAUCAUGGAUAGGCAAUCUUACAAAGUUGACUUCUUUGAGCAUUUAUUAUUGCAGUUUAUCUGGGCCAAUACCCUCAACAAUUGGGAACCUGAUCCAACUUGAAGAGUUGGUGUUCUGGGAUACUGACAUCAGCGGAAAAAUUCCGAAGUCUUUGUUCGCUCUUCCAGUCCUGCAGCAGCUUCGUCUAGUUAGGAAUCAGCUUGUUGGCUCACUAGAAGACAUUCCUGCUCCUUUAUCGUCACCAAUGCGGGAGAUGGAUUUAAGAGGUAAUCAAUUGACAGGCCCAAUACCAAAAUCACUUUUUCAGCUCACGAAACUUGAGCGUCUUCAUCUAGCUAGGAAUCAGCUUGUUGGCUCAAUAGAAGACAUUCCUGCUCCUUUAUCGUCACUAUUGUUGGAGAUCGAUUUAAGGGGUAACCAAUUGACAGGCCCAAUACCAAAAUCACUUUUUCAGCUCACAAAUCUUGAGUAUCUCGAUCUUGGCUCGAAUAAAUUGACAGGCACAAUAGAACUUGGCUCUAUAUGGAGGUUGAAAAAUCUCAUUGAUCUCGACCUGGGUAACAAUAUGAUAUCACUCGUAGAAAAAGAAGGUGAUACGAUAUUCUCUUAUUCCCUUAAAAUCCGGACCUUAUACCUUGCAUCUUGCAACCUUACAAAAUUUCCGGAAUCAUUAAAAUAUCUUGACACUAUUCAAAGGCUCGACCUUUCCAAUAACCAAAUUGAAGGGGCCAUACCAAGUUGGUUGUGGGAGAAACCCCUGGUUAGGUUGAACCUCUCACACAACAUGUUUACUACUUUAGAGAGGUCUCCUACUUUUCAGAUGACAGAUUUAGAUUCUCUUGAUCUCAGUUUUAAUAGAAUUCAAGGAAGCAUACCAAUACCAUCAACUCCAUCUUACCUAGUUCUGUUGGAUUACUCAAAUAAUGACUUCUCUACCAUGGAACCUAACUUUGGCAGGUAUCUUAGAAAUGCCAUCUACAUCAAUUUGUCAAAAAAUAAAUUAAGUGGCCAUGUACCACUUUCAUUUUGUAGUUUAAACCAACUUAAGCUCAUGGACUUAUCUUACAAUAACUUUAGUGGACCAAUUCCAUCAUGUCUUAUGGAAAGAGUUGACCUGAGCAUAUUGAAGUUAAGAGGAAACAAAUUACAUGGCGUGCUACCUGAAAAUAUCAGAGAAGGAUGUAAGCUUCAGACAAUUGAUUUCAAUGAAAAUCAAAUUGAAGGUGCGCUACCUAGAUCACUAGCAAAAUGCCAAGACUUAGAGGUUCUUGAUGUUGGCAGUAAUCAUAUUGUAGAUUCAUUUCCAUCAUGGAUGGGUACUCUUCCAAAGCUUCAAAUUCUUGUGUUGAGAUCUAACAAACUCUAUGGCACUAUAAGGGAUCUUCGCAGGGGCUACCAACACUUUACAAGUUUGCAAAUAGUUGAUUUGGCCUCCAACCAUUUCUCUGGUGACUUACAUUCCGAAUGGUUUGAGAAUUUUAUUUCAAUGAUGAAUAACAGCAAUGAUGAGGGGCAGAUAUUAGAGCACCAUCCAACUGCAGCAAUGGCACGAUUGUAUCAAGAUACUGUCACUAUCACAUUCAAAGAUGCUGUUUUAAGCAUCACCAAAAUCCUUCGUGCUUUCAAAGUAAUUGAUUUGUCAAAUAACUCAUUUGAGGGUUCCAUUCCAAGUUCAAUUGGAAGACUUGCUUCACUUCACGGACUUAACAUGUCGCACAAUAACUUCACGGGAGAAAUUCCAUCACAACUUGGGAAGUUAACAAGGUUGGAAUCAAUGGAUCUCUCUUGCAACCAUCUCUCGGAAGAAAUUCCACAGGAGUUUACCUCUCUAACUUCUCUUUCCUGGUUGAACCUUUCGUACAACAACUUGACAGGAAGAAUACCGCAGGGAAACCAAUUCUUGUCAUUUCCCAGCAGUUCGUUUGAAGGCAAUGCUGGCCUAUGUGGAAUUCAGCUUUCCAAGGAAUGUGACCCUCAUCCAGAUUCAACCACCCCAAGCACAUUGGCUCCAGAACACAAUGCUUUGUGGCAGGAUAGACUCGACGCCAUCAUUUUGUUCCUCUGUGCUGGCUUGGGCUUUGGCGUGGGUUUUGCAUUGGCAAUCAUAUUCGGUCCCUUUUACCACAUAGAAGAAUGGCUUUGCAAGCAUUUGUAAUAGUAAUAUAAGUUUUCAACAAGAAUAAUUAUGUAUGUUUGUGCUGUACUCGUUAUUAGAUGAGACAACUUAAAUCCACUCAGUUGUAAUUACGUUGUAACUAGUCCACCAACCCGUACUUCCACAUGGGCCAAUAUUUUUAAAAACUGUUGUAUUUGAAAAUUAUUUAGAAAUUAAACUCCAAGCUAAUAAUAAAAAGGGUUUACUUAUUACUCUC